AGUAUCUUGACAGUAAAGUGGGGCUGGUUGUUGCACCCACCCUGCUCCUCCACGUUCCGUCAUCAGCGUGUCCCGCAGAUCACAGAGCGGUCCUAAAAGCGGCUCCACAGCCAACCUGCGGACAGUGAGCGUGUAGGCGCGCAGACACAUGGACACGAGGACUGAGCCGCGGACCGUCAGCGCAUUCCUGUGAAAGUGGCAACUGAUGCUCGGAACUAACAUCAAACACACAGGUCCGAUCAGAUUAUCACUAAUCCCCUCGUUGAAGAAACACAGGAGUUGCCAGUGCGCUUUUUUGGCACACUCGGUAACGUGAGGACAGAUGAUGUUUCCUUCUUGUUUUUGAUCACUUUGCAUUGCUUUCACCCGUUACUAUCUUGCUCACUGCCAAAAAAACAGGACAGGAUUAUAAUUCCCUCCUGGAUUUUAAAGUCAUCAUCUACACCGCUCUGCAACACCAAACAUCUCCUUACGCCUUUUUUGGAAAUUGCGCACGGAGAUGGCGCAAAGGUACGACGAGCUGGCUCAUUAUGGAGGCGCAAUGGACGGAGUCGGAGUCCCCACCUCCAUGUACGGAGACCCGCACGCCCCCCGGCCUCUGCCCCAAGUCCACCACCUGAACCACGGGCCGCCCCCGCAUCCAACGCAGCACUAUGGAGCCCAUGCGCCGCACAACAUCAUGCCCAGCAGCAUGGGCAGCGCGGUCAACGACGCACUGAAGAGAGACAAGGACCAGAUUUAUGGCCACCCGUUAUUCCCUCUGCUGGCUCUGGUGUUCGAGAAGUGCGAGCUGGCGACCUGCACGCCCAGAGAGCCCGGAGUGGCGGGAGGAGACGUCUGCUCCUCCGACUCCUUCAAUGAAGACAUAGCAGUUUUUGCAAAACAGAUCCGCGCAGAGAAACCUUUAUUUUCUUCUAACCCGGAGCUGGAUAACUUGAUGAUUCAAGCGAUUCAAGUCUUACGAUUCCAUCUGCUGGAAUUAGAAAAGGUUCAUGAGCUCUGUGAUAACUUCUGCCACCGGUACAUCAGCUGCCUGAAAGGGAAAAUGCCCAUCGACCUGGUCAUAGAGGAGCGAGACGUCUGCAAGUCGGACUUCGACGACCUGUCAGGAUCCUCCACCAACCUCGCAGAUCAUAACCCAGCGUCCUGGAGAGACUUGGAUGACGCCCACUCCACGCCUUCUGUGGGCACCCCGGGACCGUCCAGUGGGGGACACGUCUCCCAGAGUGGAGACAACACCAGUGAACUCGGAGACGGCCUCGACAACAGCCUGGCAUCACCAGGCACCGGAGAUGAGGAUGACCAGGACAAGAAGAGGCAGAAGAAACGAGGCAUCUUCCCCAAAGUAGCCACAAAUAUAAUGAGAGCGUGGCUCUUCCAGCACCUUACGCACCCGUACCCAUCAGAGGAACAGAAAAAGCAGCUAGCACAAGACACGGGCCUCACCAUCCUCCAAGUGAACAACUGGUUUAUCAAUGCGAGGAGGAGAAUAGUCCAGCCUAUGAUCGACCAGUCCAACAGAGCAGUGAGUCAGGGUACAGCUUACAGUCCAGAUGGCCAGCCAAUGGGAGGCUUUGUCCUUGAUGGGCAGCAGCACAUGGGUCUCCGACCUGGAGGGCCGAUGGGUGGCAUGGGUAUGAAUAUGGGUAUGGAUGGGCAGUGGCACUACAUGUAAAUCCACUCCACUGAGGCGAGCCUGAACAACAGGGUGAAGCCUCCAUGGUUGGCUCAGGGAUCUUCUUCAUCUGGCUGUGGAGCUCAGUACUGGAGCUGCCGCUGCAGCCGCCGUCACACCCACCUGACCGUACACCCACCUGACCACUUCCACCUCACAUCGGCCCCCGAGCCUGCACGAUGAGCGCGUGUAGAGCAUCACCAUGGAAACGCCUAACCCUCUGCACCGGAGGCCGCCCAAGUACUUUGACUUUAAACUGAGCUGUGAAACUGAACAGAGAGAGACUGACUGGGUGUGAGCUGAGGAGGCUGCACGGGAAAAUAGAAAGACCAAGGACUUCAUAAAGGAGAGAAGCGGUCUGACACAUCUCCUCCACUUCAUUUUAAAUUAUUUAUUUAUUUUUCUACAACGGCGGACCACGGGGAUGACAACUUUCUUCUCUCUCUCUCUCUCUUUUUUUUUUUUUUUUUUUAAAUAAAGCUUUACCCCCCAAAAUCCGAAAUAUCUCCAUCCCCUCUCGGAAAAAAAAAUGUACAAAGAAACACACACACACACACACACACACACACACACACACACACACACACACGCUUUAUUGUACAAAACAAAAACACUGUGGAAUAUCUUUUUAAAAAAAUAUGAGGACUCAGUGAGAGUUUUAAUUGUUGUGCUGUAUAGAUUUGUGCUCUUUAUUUGGCUGUUUCUGUCCAUGUUUGCGCUUGUGAUCACUAGAAGUUAGAGUGAGCUUUUACCACUGACAUGUUUUAAAAGAAUCCCAAGUAAAAACCAAGAUUUUUUUUUAAGAAAAAAAAAAAAAAAAUCUUUGGAUGCUCGUUUCUAUUUUCCGUGCAUUGCAUUUCUUUCUUCUGUUUUACUCUGUGUGGAACUGAAAAGACUUGAUCAUGGCAGAUUGAGUUCCAUUUUUGACAAUGUUUUAAAUAGUUUUAUAGCACCAAAACACAGAGAAGAAGUCUGCACUAAAACGAAAAUAAAGACUUAAUUGAGGAAAAAAAAAAACACACAAGGAUGCAGCAGAGUGUUUCAUGUGAAGGAGAUCGGGAGGCCUUGAUGUUUCCUGCCGCUGGCUCGUGUUUUUAAAAUGGAGACAGGUCAUCAUGUGUAGGCGUUGGAGAAAAUGGUUUAAGCAACAACAUUAGUUGUUGGAGCAGGUCACGUAGCCAGCUUUGGUUCAAUAUGAGACGGGAUUGCAGUUGUCUUGCGUUAUUGGAUUGAUGGUGACAGGGAUGAUGGAUGGUCCGGCUCCCAAAUUCAAGAAAAUCCAGAGUGAACUCGGAGGCUGCAGCGGCAGGCAGCUUUCACUAAAUGUUUGUAUUUGUGUCGGCUGUACUGCUGAGUGGUUUGCAUGAUGUGCGUGUGUG